GCUAGUGAUUCAAUGGGUAUCCUAUCAAGUGCACCUUAUCCCUACUUCUGUCAAGCUUCUUUUAAAGUCCGUGGCGAUGAAGAAGGUCGUGGUAGUCACCGGAGCCAGCAGAUAUCAGCUUAUAGAAGGCAAAAAUUAUGUGAUACUGUGAUGGGCUCAACAAAUAUAACUCUACUGGAGAGAUGUCAAAUAGGCUGCCACAUGUAGUCCACAGCACUUCUAGCGGCAUCGGCUUGGCCUUCUGUGAGCGGCUGCUCUCUGAAGACGAUGACCUUCAUCUGUGUUUAGCAUGCAGGAACCUGGAGAAGGCCGAGGCUGCCCGAAUCUCUCUGCUGUCUUCACACCCAACGGCUGAGAUCACACUGCUCCAGAUCGAUGUCGCCAACCUGCAGUCUGUGUUUCAGGCCUCCCAAGAACUCAAGCAAAGGUUUGACCGUCUAGACUACCUCUAUGUGAAUGCUGGGAUUAUGCCAAACCCACGGUUGAAUUUAAAAGCACUUUUUUUUGGCCUCUUUUCAAGAAAAGUAUUUCAUAUGUUCUCCACAGCUGAUGGCCUGUUGACCCAGGAUGACAGAGUCACUGCAGAUGGACUGCAGGAAGUGUUUGAAACCAAUGUUUUCGGCCACUUUGUUCUGAUUCGGGAGCUGGAACCUCUGCUUUGUCGCCCUGACAUCCCAUCUCAGAUCAUCUGGACAUCUUCUAGCAAUGCAAAGAAAACUAAUUUUAGCCUUGAAGAUUUCCAGCAUGCCAAAGGCCAUGAACCUUACAGCUCUUCUAAAUAUGCUACUGACCUUCUGAGUCUGGCUUUGAACAGGAACUUUAACCAGCAGGGCCUGUACUCCAGUGUAAUAUGUCCAGGAACUGUGCUGACCAAUUUGACUUAUGGAAUUCUGCCACCUUUCAUCUGGACACUCUUGACUCCAAUCACAUUUUUGCUGCGCUUUUUUGUAAAUUCUUUAACAAUCACACCCUACAAUGGAGCAGAAGCUUUGUUAUGGAUUUUCCAACAAAAGCCUGAGUUUCUGAAUCCCUUGACCAAAUAUCAUAGUGCUACCACAGGUCUUGGCAACAAUUAUGUGAACCCUCAGAAGAUGGAUCUGGAUGAAGAAACUGCUGAAAAGUUUUACCAAAACUUGCUGGACCUGGAAAAGCACUUUGGGGCCAUCAGAGCCAAGUCACUGGAUAGCAGGAGUCAAAAAUGAACUUAGUUAAACAUUAAAUGCUUUCAUUCUGAGGGCUUCUGCUUCCAUUCAGUUGGGUAGACCCCAUUUAUAGAACAACCAGAACAUUCUUGUCUCUCUCCCUGAUGUGUGUAUCUUUCUGUGUGUGUGUGUGUGUGUAUACGUGGUAUACUAUAAAAGAGGGAAAUAACUCAUUUCUUAAAUGUCCAGAUAGAAACAACUCUGUUGCCAUUUCUCAUUACUUCUGGUCAUUGAUUUUGAGAGUUGGACUCUUUUAUAUUUCAUCUUCAAAUAUUCCAUAUUCCAUAUGGACAUUUUAUAUAAGGACUCUGUGCCUUAUUUCUCCCUCCAUAACAUAUUUAAACUAUGUAUUAUCACAUCUUUUAGAAGGGAAAGGGUGUUUUGUGAUUUAAAAUUAAAACCCUUCAUUUGGCGAGUUAAAUUACUCCAUAAGUGAAAAUUAGCAUCAAAGCAAGCGUUAGUGGGCAGACCUUCUCUCUCUUUUGUAGGGAGUGGACAUACUGUCUAUUUGUCUUGCCUGGUCUAGAAACACCGUGGUCCCUCAUAACCCCAAUCCCAGUGCUGAUCGCCAUGGAGGCUUUAAGAUGUUCUGUUUAUCUUGGGGCAGUUCAUCCUUCCUUCCUUGGAAAGCUCCUGAGGGCCUGGUAUGUUGGUCCAGACUUGGCUCAGGCUUCUGAUUGCCAUUUGUCCUUCUGUGGCCCAGAGACCCUAAACUCAAGCAAUCCUUCAGCCCCUAAGUCCAUCCCUCUCAAAAAAGGAAAGGGCAUUAACACUAUAAAACCCAAGAGCAUGAUAGAGUUCUGGAUUCCUCCAACAAUAGUAUUAACAUUGCCUUCCUGAGCAAAAUCACUUGGCUUAUGAAUCUGAUUCUCCACUAGGAAAAGAAGAGGGAUCUUAUCUUCCCCUCUUUGGAGGCUUCAUGACCCUCCAGUGCAUUAAUAUGUUCAAAAUAAAAUCAACUUGUUUGGGUAUGAGUUAUGCUUCCUGGGAUGAUCAAAAUAAAAUUUUCACAUGAAGUUAAUAGGUCAGAACAUUGUGGUCCAGUUUACUGCAAAGCAAAGACUAUUGGUAGAUAUAAAUUGCAAUUCAAGGACAGCUUAUUUUGGGGAUGAAAAAUGAUGGUCCUCAACUAUUAAAAAAUAGCAUAACAACUGCUUUUUGAACAUAUAUAAUGUUUUUUUUAAAGGCAAAUCAAAAAUACUUUUUUGGGGGAUUACAUUUUGAAUUUUGAGUUGUCUCCCUUCCUCCCAAACCUGAAAUGGAGAAGGGCAACAUUCAUUACAGAUUUAUAUGUGGAAUGAUCUAAUGCAUCAUCUAUAAUCUCUUAAGAAUUUAUUUUAUCCUGUUUAGCACUCAGAAGCUUGAAGACUUAUGGGACCUACUUCUUCUCAUGUUUAAAGUGGUAGUCUUUAUUCUUUAUUCAUCUGAGAGGCAAUAUAGCAUAGAAAAGAAAAAUAGUAGAUUCAGAAUCAGAACACCUUGGUGGGAAUUUGGGCCCUGCCUCUAGCUGUAUCACCUCAGGAAAUCUUUUUACUUCUGAGACUUGCUUUCCUCCUGUAGUAAACAGAGAUAUGGUUACUUUUCCCAGUCUGUUCUGGGGCUGUUGAAUUUUUUGAACCGAAAUUUGGUACUUGACAUUUUUCCUUAUUAAAUUUCAAAGGGAGUAGUUAGGACAGAGAGGGAUUUAAUGGUCACUUUUGGCCUUUAUUCCCUGUCAAGAUCCUAGGUGCCUACGGCAGUCCAUGAGUCUCAGGGGGGAGACCUAGAACAUCAUCUUUAACUUUUUGCACCUUUUUUUUCAUACACCCAGGAUAUAAACUGCAUUUUGAAGUAACCACACUGGUCCCUUAGAGUGACUGGCCAAGAUUUAAAAAUGGACCUCACUUAUUCUGGGACCAGAAUUUGAGUGGUUCUCCUUUCUGCUUAAGAAGACUUACUAGCUUUGUAACAACUUUAUGAACAGAAGCCAAGGGUCUUGAAACAUUUUCACUUAUCUUAUGGAAAUUUACAGCCCCUUGGGUAUGGAAAAAAACAGAGUCCAAAGCAACCUUCCCUCCUUGCAAGGUUGGAAAAAUACAAACCUCAGAGUGUCAGCCUAAAUACAGUUAUAUGUUAUGGAGUGACUUUUAUUUUCAAAAAAGCAUUAAAAAUAAAGUAA